AAAAACAAAUCAAAUCAAAAUCACAGCCAUGGCUGAGCUGACACGAGUUUUCGUCUACGGUACUCUGAAGCAGGGCUUUCCAAAUCAUAAGCUUUUAUCGAAACUGAGUAAAUCCCAGAUCGUCAAGUUUAUAAGUAACGCCGAAACGGUGGAGAAAUACCCAUUGGUAACUGCAACGCAAGCUGGCAUCCCAUUUCUUUUGGAUUAUGCCGGGAGGGGAAAGCAUAUACUUGGUGAGGUAUAUGAAGUAUGUGAUCACACACUGGCUAAUCUUGAUGAUCUUGAAGAUGAAGGGGUGCUCUAUGAUAGAAAAAAGAUUCAAGUUGCCCUUACAGAUUCAAAUUUCAACCAGCAGCACAUAGAUGCUUUUGCAUAUGUGAUCACAAAUGGUAACAGCAAUCUUCUCAACUUUGAAUUUCUUUCAAAUUUCACCCAUGAGAUUGCUAAACAUUAUUGUCCAAAAACAGAUAGGACCAUCAUUUACCAAGACAUUCUGAAAGAAGUGAAGGGUCAGUAGGAUUAUACUCUGAAUUUCAGUUAGAAAUUCAAUUUUAUACCCAGUUUUCUAUAGUGCAUCUGAAGUAUAGUGCAUUGAUUCAAUUUAGUGUAGUUUUUCAAACAUAUAUUUUAUCAAGCCAGG